AUGAAGCUGAUAAAUACUAGGUAUAUUACAGGAAAGGUACCUUUCACUAGACAAUUGUCAAGAUCGGCAUCUUUAUUGCACAAUAAUACAAAAUUUACAGCAGCAUCAGAAGAUGAAAUGUCACACUUCAAUGCUUUAGCUUCAACAUGGUGGGAUGUUAAUGGUCCCCAGAGAAUUUUGCACAAGAUGAAUUUGUUAAGAAUGGAUUUCAUUCACGAGAACGUAAGAUCACAUUUAAUAUUAAACAAGCCCGGAACUCCCCAAGAUGAGGAAAUCUAUAUUCCUCCUUAUAAUGUUGACUUGUUACCAAGACCCAUAAAACAUAGAAUAUUGAUGGAACAAGAUUUAAAAAGAGAUGAAAUUUUAAACAACUCAAGAUUGAAGGUAUUGGAUGUAGGCUGUGGAGGAGGCAUUCUAUCGGAGUCAUUAGCUAGGAUGAGCUUUAUUGAAAAAGUACAAGGUAUUGACUUAUCCACUGACGUUUUGGAGGCUGCCAAGUUGCACAAAUCAAAGGACCCACUUCUUACUGAAAGUAACAAAUUGUCAUAUGAAUUGAAGGCCAUUGAAGAUUUACCCUUAAAUGCGGAAUAUGAUAUAAUUACCAUGUUUGAAAUGUUGGAACAUGUUACUUACCCUUCUAAAGUCUUAAUUGAGGCUUUACUGAGAGUCAAAGUCGGUGGAUGGGUCUUCUUGUCAACAAUAAAUAGAGAUUUCGUAAGUUGGUUUACUACAAUCUUCAUGGGUGAACAUGUAUUAAGAAUCGUGCCCGUGGGAACGCAUUCAUUAGACAAAUAUAUAAAUCAAGAGGAAAUAAGGAAAUGGUUAGAAGAAGAUCCUGAGAGAAAAGAAUGUUUCGAAGUCGUAGAUGCCAAGGGCUGUGUUUAUUUACCUGCGUACGGUUGGAAAUUUACCAGUAGUCCUAACGUUGGUAAUUACUUCAUGGCAAUACAAAGAAAAAAUUAA